GGUUUGCGUCCACAAAGUUGAAGCCUGUGCGGUGGGUUGUCUUGGUUUCGUCUUGAAGAAAGAGUGUUUCAGUGGUAGGGUCGGUAUCAGUGGUACGGUGGAUACCGAAGAAGCACUGGUGCUGGUGGUAAAGCGACCCUAUAUCACGCCUUUCCCCCUCUCUCCUCUCCUUGAUCUCCGUCCUCUUCAUCUCGGACUUGGCCAUCGCCAUCUCGGCCUCGUACUCAUACUCCCCAAAGAGCCUGGGUUCGAGGAUGACGUCGUUAUCUUCGGCAAGCCCAAAUGACAAGAGGGUCCCAUUCCUUCUGGGGCACAAGGUCUUGUUGACGGCAAUGACAUGGAUAUAUGGUUUUGGAUCGUUGCGCCCUUCUUGGUUAUGGCUCGUGACGAGAAGGCUUUUCUCUUCUUCACUGACUUGGUAACGCACUAUGGGUACGUUCUGGCCCCUCUCCCUGUUGAGCCUGCAGAUCUUCACCGCGUGCUCAUUCCGUGGACUGAGAAUGAACAAGGUGCUGUCUUUUGCGAGAUCUUUGGCGGUGAUGAGCGGCGUGUCGCUCAUUUUAACUGGCUGGGACUGAGACCUGUUGAAGCAGCGGGUUGAAGCGUGGAGGUGGCGUCUAGUGCUAUUAUCUGACGAGAUGGGGAGAUGUUGAUUAGCGACGUUGGCUUGAGCUUUGUGAGAUGGUGGAAGAAC